AUGAAUUCUGGGGCCGAGCCACCAAGGGUAUCCGGAGAAGCCGGAAAGCGUGCCCUCAAAGCCAAUAAGGCAUGUGUGCCCUGCCGUGCACGCAAGACGAAAUGUGAUGCCGCCGAGAUUGGCCUCCCCUGCAGCAGCUGUACCAGCAGGCAGUGUGCCAAGGACUGUGUACUACCGGUCCGUAAGGGUCGGACUAGCCCUCGUCAGACUGGGCUAGAUCUGUUCUAUCUCAAUAUCCUCAACGACGCCGGGGAAAAGACUACAGAGUCAGGUCGACACCACUCCAUUCCCAGCACUCCCUACCGUCCAAGCCCGAAAGACAGUUUUAGUCCUCGGAACUGUCUAUGGGCCAAGCUGCCUCAAUUGGAUGACAUUGACAGCGAAUUUCUCGCCAAGAAGGGUGUCUUUGAUCUACCUCCUUCGCACCACCUAGAUUCCCUCGUUAAAACAUACUUUGACCAUGUCUAUCCUUUUGCUCCCGUGAUCAACAGAGUUGACUUUAUCCGCGGCUAUCAAUCCGGCGACUGCUCCUUGUUCUUGCUCUAUGUCAUAUUGGCACCGGCCAGUGUCCAUGCGCCAGCAGAUGUGCUAUCUGCCUGUGGUUUUGCUAGCCGCUCGGCCGCACAAGAAUUGUUUUACUCCAAGGCCAAACUACUCCACGAUUUUUCCGCCGAAGAGGAUCCAUUGUUGAUGCUGCAGGGAUCAAUAAUUUUGUGCAUGGUGAUUCUAGACCACCCCACUGACCGAGACUUCGGCUACUGGUUCCACAACGCAGUCCGACUUGCCACUAAGCUUGACAUACGCAACACGUACGUUUCAUAUCCCUGUACUAUGGCUUCUGCGACGAUGAUUGCGGGUAUUAACUGCCUACGGACCCUUCCACAGAUGCGCUCGAGAAGACAAGCCUAG